UCAAGCAGCUAAAAUGCAAGGCCUUGUGGGCGGGGCCGGGGUGCUCCCGCUCUUGCCGCUGGCCCAAUCACAGUGCGGCGCUCCUCCUGGCCGGUCGCCGAUUAGUGGUUGCCAUAGCUCCCGGCGUUCGCUUGACAAGAUGGCGGCGGUCGGGGGGCCGCUGUCGCGUUUUCGGGUCUGAGUUCUUCCAGGCUUCUAAGCCGGGCACGGUUCUUCUGUGCCAGGCCCGCGAGGCCCAAGGCAUGGGCUUCCGGCCGCCAGUCGCUCUUCUUUUGGGGCCUCUCCUUCUGCAGGGCUUCCUGAGGCCGCUGUGGGGGGACCUGGCCUUCAUCCCUUCUUUCAUCCGAAUGUCCGGCCCUGUGGUCAGGGCGUCCCUGGUCGGAGACACUGAGGGUGUGACCGUGUCCCUGGCCGUGCUGCAGGACGAGGCGGGAAUAUUGCCAGUUCCGACUUGUAGAGUGCUGAGCAAUGAAACAGAAGACUGGAGUGUGACUGUGACCCCCGGUGGGAAGGCGUUGGAAGUGACAGUAAGGUGGAAGAGAGGUCUGGACUGGUGUUUCUCCAAUGAGACAGAUUCCUUCUCCGAGUCCCCCUGUAUCCUCCAGACCCUUCUGGUUUCAGCAUCUCGUCAUUCAUCCUGUUUAGCACAUGUGCUCAUUCAGGUGGAAAUUUAUGCCAACUCUUCUCUGACCCAUAAUGCCUCAGGCAAGUGAAGUCUUUGACUAUCAAAACUUGCAUGUUGGUCCCAGCUA